CCGGCCGCAGGCGAGGCCCAGGCCGCGGCCGACAUGAACCACCAGCAGCAGCAGCAGCAGCAGCAGAAAGCGGGCGAGCAGCAGCUGAGCGAGCCCGAGGACAUGGAGAUGGAAGCUGGAGAUACAGAUGAUCCACCAAGAAUUACUCAAAACCCUGUUAUCAACGGGAAUGUAGCCAUGAGUGAUGGGCACAACAACACAGAGGAAGAUAUGGAGGAUGACACGAGUUGGCGCUCCGAGGCAACCUUUCAGUUCACUGUCGAGCGCUUCAGCAGACUGAGUGAGUCGGUCCUUAGCCCUCCGUGUUUUGUGCGAAAUCUGCCGUGGAAGAUUAUGGUGAUGCCACGCUUUUAUCCAGACAGACCACACCAAAAAAGCGUAGGAUUCUUUCUCCAGUGCAAUGCUGAAUCUGAUUCCACGUCGUGGUCUUGCCAUGCACAAGCUGUGCUGAAGAUAAUAAAUUACAGAGACGACGAGAAGUCCUUCAGUCGACGCAUCAGCCACUUGUUCUUCCACAAAGAGAAUGACUGGGGCUUCUCCAAUUUCAUGGCCUGGAGCGAAGUGACUGAUCCUGAGAAAGGAUUUAUAGAUGAUGACAAAGUUACUUUUGAAGUCUUUGUACAGGCGGAUGCUCCCCAUGGAGUUGCGUGGGAUUCAAAGAAGCACACGGGCUAUGUCGGUUUAAAGAAUCAGGGAGCGACUUGUUACAUGAACAGCCUGCUGCAGACUUUAUUUUUCACAAAUCAACUACGAAAGGCUGUGUACAUGAUGCCAACAGAGGGUGAUGAUUCAUCCAAAAGCGUCCCCUUAGCAUUACAAAGAGUGUUCUACGAAUUACAGCACAGCGAUAAGCCUGUAGGAACAAAAAAGCUAACGAAGUCCUUCGGGUGGGAAACUUUAGAUAGCUUCAUGCAGCACGACGUUCAGGAGCUGUGUCGAGUGCUGCUUGAUAAUGUGGAAAACAAGAUGAAGGGCACGUGUGUGGAAGGCACCAUACCUAAAUUGUUCAGAGGCAAAAUGGUGUCCUAUAUCCAGUGUAAAGAAGUAGACUAUCGAUCCGAUAGGAGAGAAGAUUAUUAUGAUAUCCAGCUAAGUAUAAAAGGAAAGAAAAACAUAUUUGAAUCAUUUGUGGAUUACGUGGCCGUGGAACAACUAGACGGCGACAAUAAUACGACGCCGGGGCACGGCUUGCAGGAAGCAGAGAAAGGUGUGAAGUUCCUAACUUUGCCACCAGUGUUACAUCUGCAGCUGAUGAGAUUUAUGUAUGACCCUCAGACGGACCAAAAUAUCAAGAUCAAUGAUAGGUUUGAAUUCCCAGAACAGUUACCACUCGAUGAAUUUUUGCAAAAAACAGAUCCUAAGGACCCUGCAAAUUAUAUUCUUCACGCAGUCCUGGUUCACAGUGGAGAUAAUCAUGGUGGACAUUACGUGGUUUAUCUAAACCCCAAAGGGGACGGCAAAUGGUGUAAGUUCGACGACGACGUGGUGUCCAGGUGUACGAAAGAGGAGGCCAUCGAGCACAAUUACGGGGGUCACGAUGACGACCUGUCGGUGCGGCACUGCACGAACGCGUACAUGUUGGUUUACAUCAGGGAAUCAAAGCUGAGUGAGGUUUUACAAGCUGUCACCGACCACGAUAUCCCUCAGCAGUUGGUGGAACGACUGCAGGAGGAGAAGAGGAUCGAGGCUCAGAAGCGGAAGGAACGGCAGGAAGCCCAUCUCUACAUGCAAGUGCAGAUAGUUGCAGAGGACCAGUUUUGUGGCCACCAAGGCAAUGAUAUGUACGAUGAAGAAAAAGUGAAAUAUACUGUGUUCAAAGUGUUGAAAAACUCCUCACUGGCUGAAUUUGUCCAGAACCUCUCUCAGACCAUGGGGUUUCCACAAGAUCAAAUCCGAUUAUGGCCCAUGCAGGCAAGGAGCAAUGGAACCAAACGGCCAGCGAUGUUGGAUAACGAGGCAGACGGCAACAAGACGAUGAUUGAGCUCAGUGACAAUGAAAACCCUUGGACGAUAUUCCUGGAAACCGUUGAUCCGGAGUUGGCCGCCAGCGGAGCCAUUCCCAAGUUUGACAAAGAUCAUGAUGUCAUGCUAUUUUUGAAGAUGUAUGACCCCAAAACACGGAGCUUGAAUUACUGUGGGCACAUCUAACACCCAAUAUCCUGUAAAAUCCGUGAUUUGCUCCCGGUUAUGUGCGACAGCGGAUUUACCCAGGACACUAGCCUUAUCCUCUAUGAGGAAGUUAAACCGAAUUUAACAGAGAGAAUUCAGGACUAUGACGUGUCUCUUGAUAAAGCCCUCGAUGAACUAAUGGAUGGUGACAUUAUAGUGUUCCAGAAGGAUGACCCUGAAAAUGAUAACAGUGAAUUACCCACUGCAAAAGAAUAUUUCAGAGACCUCUACCACCGUGUUGAUGUCAUUUUCUGUGAUAAAACAAUCCCUAAUGAUCCUGGAUUUGUGGUUACAUUAUCAAAUCGAAUGAAUUAUUUUCAGGUUGCAAAGACAGUGGCACAGAGGCACACCGACCCCAUGCUGCUCCAGUUUUUCAAGUCUCAAGGUUAUAGGGACGGCCCAGGUAAUCCUCUUAGACAUAAUUAUGAAGGGACUUUAAGAGAUCUCCUACAGUUCUUCAAGCCUAGACAACCUAAGAAACUUUACUAUCAGCAGCUGAAGAUGAAAAUCACAGACUUCGAAAACAGACGAAGUUUUAAGUGUAUAUGGUUAAACAGCCAAUUUAGGGAAGAGGAAAUAACACUAUAUCCCGACAAGCACGGGUGUGUCCGGGACCUGCUGGAGGAAUGUAAAAAGGCUGUCGAGCUCGGGGAGAAAGCGUCAGGGAAACUUAGGCUGCUAGAAAUCGUAAGCUACAAGAUUAUCGGUGUGCACCAAGAAGAUGAGCUGUUAGAAUGCUUAUCUCCGGCAACGAGUAGAACGUUUCGAAUAGAGGUAAUGGGCCCAUCGUGGGCGCGGGGCGGGGUCGUGGGCGGUGGGACGGCCGCUGGCGGCGGAUGCUGCUUCAGUUUUGUCUGCGCGCUGGAAGAACUCCGCCCUCCCCCCCGCCUGCCCUCCCCUCGGGGGCUGGCCUCUACGUGCCCGUCCCCAGGGGAUCCUAGGGGAAUUGUCCCAGAUGGGAAUUCUCGAUGUGGGCCCCCGGCAGGAAUCCCUCUGGACCAGGUGGACAUAGACAAGGAGAGCGAGAUGCUCGUCACCGUGGCGCACUUCCACAAGGAGGUGUUCGGGACGUUCGGGAUUCCGUUUCUGCUGAGGAUCCACCAGGGCGAGCAUUUCAGAGAAGUCAUGAAGCGGAUUCAGAGUCUGCUGGACAUCCAGGAAAAGGAGUUUGAAAAGUUCAAAUUUGCCAUUGUGAUGAUGGGCCGACACCAGUACAUCAACGAGGAUGAGUAUGAAGUGAACCUGAAAGACUUUGAGCCCCAGCCUGGUAACAUGUCUCACCCUCGGCCUUGGCUAGGGCUUGACCACUUCAACAAAGCCCCAAAGAGGAGUCGCUACACCUACCUGGAAAAGGCCAUUAAAAUCCAUAACUGACUUCCUCACCCAGUGCGUGCGAGGCGAGGGGCCGUGCGUGGGUGUGUGCCCCUUUUUAACAGCCUAGAACUUUGGUACACGCGCACCAUCUGAAGUCUUCAGCAAGAGGAUUUGCUGCUGAUGUUAAUUUUAUUUUGUUGAGGCUGUUCCGUUUGGCUUCUCUGUAUCUAUUGACUGCCCUUUUUGAGCAAAAUGAAGGUGUUUUUAUAAAGCUUGGAUGCCAAUGAGAGUUAUUUUAUGGUAACCACAGCGCAAGGCAACCGUCAGCGUAACGGGGGAGAAGAGGUGAGGGCCACGCGGCUCCGGCUCGAGGCCUCUGGGCUGUGUCCAGUCGGCAGAGGCCUGCCCGGCUGCCUUCCUGGGGUCGCGGGCGCCAGCCCCGCAGCUGGUCUUACGUUGAGGCUCGUCUGACGUUUUCCCCUCAGUUCUACUUUCCAACCUUUUGUGUGCAUCUGUAAAGGCAAAACCGAGAAACUCACAACCUAAUAAAUAGAGCUCUUUCCUUCACUGCGUGUACUGUCCCCCUUCCUCGGUCCUCCUCCCCCGCCCCCCGCUGCCCGGGUCUCUCGGUAAACGCGUCUCAGUCCGUCAGCCGCUACCGUCCUUCAGCCCGUGUGCAGCGUGGACGCCCCCGAGUGUGAGCACGGUCCUGGCGGACGGCCCGGGCCCCUUUGGUUCGCUUGAAAACGCUGUUUGAUACAAUUGAGGUGUCAGGCGUGCUGCCUGUGGGCAGACUGACUCCACAAUCUCAGCAGUUCAUACAAGCAGGUGAAAGAAUUCUCAGUAGAGUUUCCUCGGAACGGAACAGACGGAACAAGAAAAGGAGAGCCUUUUAGCAAAGAGGGCAUGCUCACUAGUGGUCAGUACGCUGUUGACUUUGUUAAAAAAAAAAACAAAAGAAAAAGAAAAAAAACAGAGAAAUGAAAUUGUAUAUUUAAUGAGUGAACAUGUAUAAUUCACCGCUGGGAGGAGGUGACUUUUUGUUGGGUGCAUCUAAGUGACUCUUCACUGAUGUUGAUAUUCAUUGUGUGUAGUUUUAUUUCAGUCCCAGCCUCGUUUCCUCUUAUUUUGGAGCUAAUGCCGGCUGCGUGUCUAGUUUUGAGUGCAGUAAAAUAGAAUCAGCAGAUCACACUUAUUUUUCAUCCUUUCCCAGGAUUUUCCUUUCUUUCUGUAGCAUCAGUGUAUACCAACUCUUCCUGUAUAUUGCCUUUUUGCUGGAAAAUGUUGUAUGUUGAAUAAAAUUUUCUA